CGCAUUUCCGUCACAGCUCCUACCUGAUCGCAAUAGGCGCCCUACCUAUCCACCCGCCACCACGUCCAUCGUCGUCACUCGUCGUGACGCGGUGACACCUCGAAUCGCACCCUCACUUGCUCGCUCACUCUAUCCCGCUCAAACCUCGCCGACAAUGCGCUUCUCAGCAGUCGGCGCCUCCUCAGCACUCCUCGUGGCUACAGCUGCUUCGGCGUUCCGAGACUCAUCCCCGCUCCUCGUCUGGUCCUCUGAACCAAACUAUGCACUUGACGAGGCGCGCGCCGAGCUCACCUCGGGGGUAAUCGGGGCCGACGCCGUGUUCGGAUCUCUAGAGAGUCUCGGUUGUGACUGGGACUUGGCUGUCGUUGCGCGCGUAGACGAGCUUCACCAGACACAGAUCAAGAAGACUUCUUUCCCCUUGGAUUCCUCCAAAGCCGAUCUCCACGUCCCUUACCUUAUCCGACCAACACGCGAGGCACUCGACGCCAGCGUCCACUCGUGGGCGGACAAGUGCGGCGCUGCGCUGGCCACUGACUUUGCUUCCUCCGAGAAUGGACAGCGGACCCUCGUCUACUUUAGCGCGGAGAACGGCAAGGAUAUCACCCUUCCUCGCGACCUGCCCGAGCGCCACCUUGUGGUGCUGACCGGCACGCGCGAUCUGAGCAGGCGCGAGCUCAAACGCCAGGUGUCGGUCGAAGAGCCGUUUGAGUCUGGCAAGGUGCCCGAGAUCGUGUCGUCGCUCCCUUCUGUGACGCCCGAGUCUGAGGCAUCCACAGCCGCCAAGAACAAGACGGACCCCGACGCGCCCAAGCAUAACACGUACCUGACGACGCCGCUGAUCACGGCCUUGCUCGUCACCUUUGGCAUCUUCAUUCCGAUUGUUGUCAUGAGUGUUAGCGCCCUCGCUUCAGUGCAGGUGCCGCCACGUCUGCUGGAGAUUUCCAAGGCUCUGGCGGUCGACAAGACGCGCAAGGACCAGUAGACUGCGUGGGUGGGGGGUGCGUCGGCUGUGGCUGGCGGUAAGGUAGAAUGUAGCAAUGCAUGUAGACUCGGUGGAAAACAGGUAUGGCUGGUUGAAGCGUGGUAGGCACCCUCAACUACAGACGUCGUUGUUACGCAAUACGCCAGUUGCCAGCCAGUGUGGGGUGUGUGAGGGGUGGGUUUUGAGACCAUACAGACCAUACAGACCAUACAGACCAUACAGACCAUACAGACCAUAUAAAACCAAGCAGACGAUGCAGAGCGGCUAGAGCG